AUGGCCGACUCAAGCAACGAACCACCAAACCUGAAUAGGGAAUCAUCCGACUCCAGCAGUGAAUCAUACAACUCCGGCAGUGAAUCAUCUGACUCCAGCAAUGAAUCACACAACUCCAGCAGUGAAUCACACAACUCCGGAAGUGAGCUAUCCGACUCCAGCAGUGAAUCAUACAACUUCAGCACUGAACCAUCCGACUCCAGCGGCACCAACUUCGAAAUCGAAUCAUUUGCAUCCGACUCCAGCGCUGAACUAUCCGACUCUGGCGCUGAACUAUCCGACUCAAGUGAAUCAAUUGACCAUCUAAAGCACUAA